AUGAGUCGCAGUUAUAAUGAUGAGCUGCAGUUCUUGGAAAAGAUCAAUAAGAACUGCUGGAGAAUCAGGAAGGGCUUUGUGCCCAACAUGCAGGUUGAAGGAGUUUUCUAUGUGAAUGAUUCUCUGGAAAAAUUAAUGUUUGAAGAAUUAAGGAAUUCCUGUCGAGGUGGUGGUGUUGGUGGCUUCCUGCCAGCCAUGAAACACAUUGGCAAUGUGGCUGCCCUGCCUGGGAUUGUUCAUCGAUCCAUUGGUCUUCCUGAUGUCCAUUCAGGUUAUGGGUUUGCUAUUGGAAAUAUGGCAGCCUUUGAUAUGAAUGACCCUGAAGCAGUGGUAUCCCCAGGUGGUGUCGGAUUUGACAUUAACUGCGGUGUCCACUUGCUGAGAACCAAUUUAGAUGAAAGUGAUGUUCAGCCUGUGAAAGAGCAACUUGUCCAAGCUGUGUUUGACCACAUUCCUGUGGGAGUGGGGUCAAAAGGUGUCAUCCCAAUGAAUGCCAAAGACUUGGAGGAGGCCUUGGAGAUGGGUGUGGACUGGUCCCUGAGAGAAGGCUAUGCCUGGGCAGAGGACAAGGAGCACUGCAACCACUAUGCAGAAAUCCAGGUUGUGGAUGAGAUUUUCAACGAGUAUGCUGCUAAGAAAAUGGGCAUUGACCAUAAGGGACAGGUGUGUGUGAUGAUCCACAGUGGAAGCAGAGGCUUGGGCCAUCAAGUCACCACAGAUGCACCUGUAGCUAUGGAAAAAGCCAUGAAGAGAGACAAGAUCAUAGUCAACGACCGUCAGUUGGCUUGUGCUCGGAUCGCUUCCCCAGAGGGUCAGGACUACCUGAAGGGAAUGGCGGCGGCUGGGAACUAUGCCUGGGUCAACCGCUCUUCCAUGACCUUCUUAACCCGUCAGGCUUUUGCCAAGGUCUUCAACACAACCCCUGAUGACUUGGACCUGCACGUGAUCUAUGAUGUUUCUCACAAUAUUGCCAAAGUAGAACAGCAUGUGGUGGACGGGAAGGAGCAGACUCUGUUAGUACACAGGAAGGGGUCCACCCGAGCCUUCCCUCCUCACCAUCCGCUCAUUGCGGUUGAUUACCAACUUACUGGACAACCAGUGCUCAUUGGUGGCACCAUGGGGACCUGUAGCUAUAUUCUUACUGGUACUGAGCAGGACAUGACUGAAACCUUUGGAACAACUUGCCAUGGAGCGGGCCGUGCACUGUCCUGA